GCAGUAGUUGUGAGUUGUAGCGGCUGAGCGAAAGCGAGGGAGCGCGCCAGAGAAGACCCUGAACAAACAGAAGUAGUGGCAUUAAGUGAAUUUUGUGACACCAUCCGCCUUGGCUUUGCUGGCCGAUACAUUAUAGCCGUCGGAUCAGUUGUUUUACCGACAACCGAGCCCACUUCGUGCCCAACCGGAGAGCUUCGCAACGCAGUCUUGUCAGCGGGCAUGAGCUAACACCAGACAUGGAAACCAAACCUUUCUUGUCAUUGGGGUUCUUGAAGCCUCAGUGCUCGCUGGCGCCCCCACCACAGAGAGGACGUUCCGAUGGCUGCACCUGCUUCAGUGGCAUGUGCCACAUCCACCACCACCACCACCACCAGCGUCGUCUGUCCACCGAAUCCUCUGGCCCAGUGUCGUCAUCCCCACUGAGCUCGCCCACGUCACACCGGCCGAUGCACCCUGCGCUGCUCAGUCCCUCGUCCAUGGGGGGCCACCACCACACGGGGCCCCUGCACUCUCCCAUCAGCAGCCUGAGCUCGCCCAUGAAUGGCCUGGGCUCCCACUUCUCCGUCAUCAGCUCGCCCAUGGGCCCCCACACCAUGAGCUCGCCCGGCAUGGGCUACGGCUCCAGCGUCAGUCCACAGCUGAACUCCCCGAUGAACUCUGUGAGCAGUUCGGAGGACAUCAAGCCUCCGAUAGGCCUGAACGGCGUCAUGAAGGUACCCGCCCAGCCCUCCUGCAACCUCCCGUCCCUCACCAAACACAUAUGUGCCAUCUGUGGAGAUCGCUCUUCAGGCAAACACUAUGGGGUGUAUAGCUGUGAGGGCUGUAAAGGCUUCUUCAAGCGCACUGUUCGCAAGGACCUCACGUACACAUGCCGCGACAACAAGGACUGCACCAUCGACAAACGCCAGCGUAACCGCUGCCAGUACUGCCGAUACCAGAAGUGCCUGGCCAUGGGCAUGAAGAGAGAAGUCUUGUUAAACGCAGCCGUCCAGGAGGAGCGUCAGCGGCCGAAAGACGGCAAGGAGAACGAGGUGGAGUCGAGCGGCGGCGGCAGUGCCAACGAGGACAUGCCCGUGGAGAAGAUCCUGGAGGCCGAGGUGGCUGUGGAGCCCAAGACCGAGACCUACAUCGAGACCAACCUCGGGAUGCCGUCCAAUUCACCCAACGACCCCGUGACGAACAUCUGCCAGGCGGCCGACAAGCAGCUGUUCACCCUGGUGGAGUGGGCCAAGAGGAUCCCGCACUUCUCAGAGCUGCCCCUCGAUGACCAGGUCAUCCUCCUCAGAGCAGGCUGGAACGAGCUCCUGAUUGCCUCGUUUUCACACCGCUCCAUCGCCGUGAAGGACGGCAUCUUGCUGGCCACAGGCCUCCACGUGCACCGCAACAGUGCCCAUAGUGCUGGGGUGGGAGCUAUCUUUGACAGGGUGCUAACAGAGCUGGUGUCCAAGAUGCGGGACAUGCAAAUGGACAAGACGGAGCUGGGCUGUCUACGUGCCAUAGUGCUGUUUAACCCCGAUUCUAAAGGAUUGUCGAACCCCAGCGAGGUGGAAGCUCUUCGGGAGAAGGUGUACGCCUCACUUGAGGCCUACUGUAAGCAGAAGUACCCUGAGCAGCCUGGGAGAUUUGCUAAGUUGCUUUUGCGCCUGCCAGCACUGCGGUCCAUCGGCCUCAAGUGUCUGGAGCACCUGUUCUUUUUCAAGCUCAUCGGUGACACGCCCAUCGACACUUUCCUCAUGGAGAUGCUGGAGGCACCGCACCAAAUGACAUAAUCAUCCUCGACCCCCACCACCACCUUCUCAUUACCCCACCUGACCAUGCCAUCCACCAGAACCAACAUGCCCCUGAGAUCCCUACCAGCACCAGCCCCAACUCAGUUCCUGCACUGCUUCGUUUCCCAAGACUGAACUAUUGGAGAAUGACUUCUUGCUGGACACCGUCUUGAGAAGGCAGACGCUGUGAGGGACCUAUUUUUAAGUCAGAAAUCUUUCCUUUUCCGUUUUACAUUUCCUAAAAACAAAUUUCAUCACAUCAAAGGGUCUGUUUUAUACCUUGUACAAAAAGUGGUAUAUAAAUAUAUAUAUAUAUAUAUCUAUAUAUAUGAACAAAAAUGUUGAUGUAACUGAAAGGAACACUUUAAAUAUCAUCAAAGCGAGACAUCGAGUAUGUACUUCACUGGUGAGAGACAACAUACAGAGACACAUGCAUGUUUUUUUGUGAAAAAGAAAAAUCUUGGCAGCAAGGACUGCACAGGAUGUCAAUGAUGUCAUUAUCUACAAACCGGGUAAUUGAAUACAGGCUGUAUGUGUUGGUUUUGCUUCAAGGAGUUACAUGUUUGGGGUCGCUCGACCACAUCUUGAGGUGAGAAGAAAGGGAUUUCAUUGCUACAGCAACACAAACUUUACGACCCUGAAGAUAUUGAAGAUACGUGUGACAAUUGCAUCGGUGCAAAUCAUCUUUUUUUCAGAGCUCCUCUUUAUUCCUGCCUGGUUUUCAAGAAUCUGCACUAGAAAAUCAAUGUCAUUGUCACAGUUUUGUGGAUGCACGACCCCAAUUUGUGGUCAUAAUGCAGCUGUUCUCUCCCUUGGACAACAGAAUUAGAACAACGGGGGACGUCUUAAUUUUGUCAAUGUCUGAUGUUCUAGUUUCAAGUUUAGACUUGGCAGGCUUUAUUGGGCCUGUUGGCAGGGUCAUCCUGACUGCAAAUCUGGAGGAGGGUGGUGGGGGAGUGGGAGGGGUUGUGGCUCUGUGCUGGGGUGCUCUUUGGUUUACGUAUAUUUGCACGCCUCUUUCAAGGAGAAUGUCUGACACAGCCAUUCUAAUCACGGCUGCCAGAUUCAGGUCCCAAAGCAACCUAUGUGAAGGUCUCCUAUUUACAUUUAGAGCAGAGCAGCAACAAACAGGGAUGGACAGAAGUAGCACAGGCAGAGCAGAGACACAUGCAGUUAUGCACCAGCGUGGACAAGACUGCCUACCAUUGGGUGACACUGUGAAUUUGU